AUGAGUAAAGAAAGGAAGAUUGCACUGGUUGGCGCGCGCGCUGUGGGCAAGUCCUCUCUAGCUGCCCAGUUUGCUGAAGAGUCUUUCAAUGACCAUUACUUUCCGACGAUAGAGAAUCAGCUAAAGAAGGAGGUCAAGUACAAGGGAAUCGAUUAUUCGCUCGAAAUUAUGGACACUGCUGGUCAGGAUGAGUUUUCCACUUUGCACAAUAAAUUGUUGAUUGGGGUUCACGGGUAUAUGCUAGUUUAUUCUAUAAAUUCAAGACAGUCUUUCGACAUGCUGGCUGUUGUGCGAGACAAGAUCCUUGAUGGGCUGGGAAUAAGCUCUGUGGAAGAUGGGCCUCCCAUCGUGAUCGUGGGCAACAAGAGCGAUCUGGAUUUCCAAAGACAGGUUUCCGAGGCCGAACUGAAACAGCUGGCAAAGGUCUUUGGCGACGUUCCGUGCUUUGAGUGUUCUGCGAAAAAUAACUACAAUGUUCACGAGGCGUUUGGUGCUGUGAUUGACCAGAUCGAAGACAUCAAGGAGCCUAAGGAUGAAGAAGAGACCCAGGCUAAAAAAUCUGUCAUCUUGACAGGGUCCUUUGAUAACUGGUCUCAGUCGUUGCCUCUUAUCAAGCAGCGUGAUGGCUCCUUCUCUCUGUCGUUCCCAUUUCCUAAUGACACUGAGAAAGUGGCCUUCAAGUUUGUUGUGGACGGCAAAUGGAUCACAAGCGAGGAUUACAAAGUCGAGACCGAUGAGCUAGGAAACAAAAACAACGUCCUAUAUGCAAAGGACGUUGUUUCUGCUCAAGGUUCCAACUCUACAAGAAUUCCCGAGGCAGGAGGCAUGGCAGUGCCAUUGGCUGGUGGCAAUGCUUCUUUGCCGAAGAGCAAGGCUGAGACAGGCGGUUCAGAGUACAAGCCUACUGUCCUUCCUUCGACCGAAGGACAACAGGUGACGCUGGGAGAGCCGGGCGUAGUGGUGCCAGCCAACCCCCACUCGAUCUCUGCUUUCUCGGAGGUGAGAGACGUUGACCCGAAGACGCUCAACGAGCCUUCUGGCUCGACUAAGAGUGCGCCUGCUGAAACUACCACCGCCACCAAGUCACCUGAGGCUGCCAAGACUCUCGAUCCUGCAGAGCAGUCAAAAGUUUCCGGGACUGCGGGCUCCACCAAUGCUACAGGAGCCCCCGAAGCCAGUGCAGCUGCACUGGCUUCGGGACCUGGGGUUGUUAUUCCAGAGGACCCUCAGUCGAUAUCGGCCCUGAACGACGUUAGAGACGUGAACCCAAAGACGCUGAACGCGCCUUCGGAACCAACCACUUCUCAGACCGAGACGGCCGUUGCAGACGAGGCUACUAACCCAAGCACCCAAGAUACAGCAGAGACCGCUGCGAGCGAGCCUUCUGAGACGGGCGCCAAGAAGACCAAGUACGUCAAGCGGGUGGUCUCCAAGAUCAAGAAGGACGAAGCUGAGCAGACUCCUGAAUCUGAAAAAGAGACCACUGCAGCUGAGACACCUGCAAAAUCUGCACCACCUGCCAAGGCUGAACAAAAGACCGCAAACUCUUCGUCGCCAAAGAAGAAGACUGGGUUCUUUGCCAAGCUCAAGAAGGCGCUCAAAUGA